GAAGCAGAAUAGGACAUUUCUGUUGGGAAUUUGCUACCUCUUAUUUUUUUGGUAGAAAUAACGUCAGAGAUUAUUAACAAACAAUGCACAACAGUGUGUAAAGUAACUGGCUAAGUAUGUGUUUGUCGAGUUAAGGAAAGGGAGGAUUACUACUAGGUAUACUUUGAAGACCCCAUAGUUGAUGGCAUAGUACUCUUAUGGGAAUGGCGCGUGGCAGAGUUUGGCCAUUGCCGAAAAUGGCUCCCGCAAGUCCUAGAGAGACAUUUAUGAUCUGGGUAACUGGCUGUUAUGGCAGAAAUCAUUCCAAAUAAUAUCUUCAGUUCACAGGCUGAGGAUUGCUAACCUGCUUGCCCCCUGUAUUAGUAUAAUGGAAUAUUAAACACCUUGAGCACAUUAACUUCAUGCAUGACAAGUUUAAGAAAAUUAUAAUUACUGCUCUUAAUGAACUUGCCCAACAAAAGUGAAUAUGUAAAAUAAAAGUAUUUUACAGUUUAAGAGGUUCUGGAGUCCGUUCUAUUUAUGCGGGAGGAGCAGGAAGUGGAAAAAGGAAGCAGAGAGAAGAAAAAUGGGACACUUAGGUGUUCUAGUCAGAGACAAUAAAUAAGAGGAAGUACACCUAUUAAAUUACUUUCUCAUACUCAGAAUCUACUCUAAAUAUCUACACCAGUAGUUGCAGUGGAAUAGAUGUCGGAACUGUGUGUUUCUGGGACCAUAAUUAUACCUUUCUUGAAAAGAGAAACUACUGUUUUAGCUAUCCAUGCUGCAUAACAAAUUACCCCAAAACUUAGAGGCUUAAAACAGUAAACAGUUAUUAUCUCACUGUACCUUUGGGCCAGAACUUUUGGAAGAGGCUUAGCUGGAUGGUUCUGCUCAGGGUCUCAUGAAGCUGUAGUCCAGAUGUUGGCAGUGCUGCAGACAUCUGCAGGCUUGACUAGGGCUGAAAGGAUCUGCUUCUGGGUUCACUCAGGGUGACUGGGAAUAUAAACAAGAAUAAGCUGUUUGUUUCCUGAUGGCUUUUAGCAUAUACUGACAUACUGUUUGUGAUGGCAUCUGAGACUGAGAAGACCCAUGCUUUACUCCAGUCUUGUAGCACCGAAUCUCUUAUUUCCAGCCUUGGUCUGGGCAUUUUCUGCCUAGUAGCUGACAGACUUCUUCAGUUUUCCAUAAUUCAACAAAAUGACUGGCUUCGUGCACUCUCAGAUAAUUCAGUACAUUGCGUGAUUGGCAUGUGGUCAUGGGCAAUAGUCAUUGGAAUCAAGAAGAAGACUGACAUUGGAGAAAUCAUUUUAGCUGGAUUUUUAGCCUCUGUUAUUGAUAUAGACCACUUUUUUCUAGCUGGAUCCCUAUCUUUAAAGGCUGCUAUUACUCUUCCACGAAGACCUUUCCUUCACUGUUCUACUGUGAUACCCGCUGUGGUUCUGACCCUGAAGUUUACGAUGCACCUUUUCAAGCUCAAAGAUUCAUGGUGCUUUCUUCCCUGGAUGUUAUUUAUAUCCUGGACCUCACACCAUGUUCGAGAUGGAAUUCGCCAUGGCUUGUGGAUAUGCCCAUUUGGAGAAACUUCUCCUUUGCCAUUUUGGCUUUAUGUAAUAAUCACAUCAUCUUUACCUCACAUCUGUUCAUUUGUUAUGUAUUUCACAGGGACCAGCCAAGUGAUGUCUUCAAAACAUGGAAUUCAUAUUGAUGUCUGAGAUAACCAUAUGGCAGUCUUAAAGAACCAAUGGUUGAGACAAUGACAGCCAACAUUAAAGUGAAUUUAAAAAACAUAUUAGGUACUUAUAUUAAUUAUAAGAUGUAUAAUGAAUGCUAACAUUUCUUUAUUUCAUAUAUUUUCAUCCUGACUGAAGUUUAAUUUGCCAAGUACUUUAGUGAGUUGUGAUCACUGGCAGAAACUGCUUUCGUGCACUUAUGUUAUAAUAUUCUUAAAAGACAGUAACAUUAGACCUAGGUUAUUGUUUCCGAAAUAACUUUAGGAAAUAAUUAUUAUAAUAUGUUGACUGUAGUAACAUUCUACCAAAGUAGUAUUUUUUCAUUAUCUUUGCCCUCAAAUCUCAUGUGUUGGAGUGUUAACUGUUUUGAAAAACAUAACUAAAUUUAACAAAAUAUUUGUUUAAAAUUAACAUUAACAAAAUAUUGAUGCUUGACUCAUAGCCAUAAAAUUCACAAAAAAAGGACCUAACCAAUAAUGUCAUUUCAAAUGUAAACUCCUGAAUGUGCCAUUAAAAUUGUUUAAGU